UAUAAUAAACAUGGCGGCUGUGGUUGGUGUAUACUUAGGGAAUACCAGCGCAUCAUUAGCUAUCCACAAGGCUGGAAGAACGGAUAUUAUAGCGAAUGAUGCAGGGGACAGAGUCACUCCAGCUCUUGUCGCGUAUUCUGGAAAAGACAAGGCAAUUGGUCUUCCAGCUAAGCAAGGGCUUAUUCGCAAUUCAAAGAAUACCAUGGCAAGAGCAUGCAAAAUAAUUGGAUUGAGGUUUUCUGAUGAUACAGUUCAUCAAGAGGUUCAAGAUUCUGGUUGUAAGAUUGUUGAUAAAGAUGGAAAGCCCUUUUAUGAAGUCCAGCUGAAUGAAAAACCCACUCUGUUUUCUCCUAAAGAAGUUAUCAAGAUGAUUUUUGAGAAACUUUUAGAAAUUUCUCAGGCUAAUGGUGGAAAUGACAUUGAAGAAGCUGUUAUCACUGCACCUUUAAACUUUAGCAAUGAACAGAAAACAGAGAUCAGAGAGGCUGCAGAAGAUGCUGGCUUUGAUGUGCUUCGUGUUAUAAGUCAACCAGCGGCAGCAGCACUAGCCUAUGACAUUGGACAAAAUGAUCGCACCUCAUUAAGGAGGGUACUUGUUUAUAGACUUGGAGGAACUACUCUUGAUGUCACUGUUUUGGUUGUCAAUGGUGGAAUGUACAGAGUGAUAGCAACAGAAAGUGACACAGCCUUGGGUGGAAGAAAAUUUGAUGAGUUACUUGCCCAUCAUCUUGCUGCAGAGUUUCAAAGACAGUGGAAACUAGAUGUCAGAAGCAAUACCAGAGCAAUGGCCAAACUAAGGGCCAGUGCAGAGAACUGUAAACAUAUUCUGUCAUCCAGGGAUACAGCAACUUGUGCCAUCGAGUCACUCUGUGAAGGGAUUGACAUGAACACCAAAGUAUCCAGAGCUCGGUUUGAAUCCCUCUGUUGGAGUUUAUUCCAACAAAGUCUUUCCUCCAUCGACCGAGUUCUUUCCACAGCAAAUAUCAGUAGAAACAACGUAGAUCAGGUUGUUUUGGUAGGUGGCUCCACACGUAUUCCUAAAAUCAAGCAGCUUGUUCAAGAGUAUUUUGCAGAAAAAGAAGUUUGUCAGACAAUUGAUCCAGACAGUGUGUUGGCAUAUGGCGCUGCUAUACAGGCGUCGUUACUUCAAGGAAGAGAAGAACAGAUAAAUUAUGACAUAGAGGCGGAAUGCACGUCAAAGGCUAUUAGUGUAAUGCUCGAAGAGGCAGAGGCCCGUCUGUGUCCAAUUAUCCCCAAGCACUCUCCCAUACCCCUACGAAAAACACACAAUUUCACAACCUCUGUGGACAAUCAGGAGACUGUUUGCUUAUCUGUAUAUGAAGAGGAUGACGACAUGGCUAACAAUGCUGGAAAGACUCUUGUAGCUAAGGUAGUUCUUGAAGAUAUACCACCCAUGGCAAAAGGGCAAGCAGAAAUUAUAGGGACCUUUCACAUUAGAAGAGAUGGAUCGUUGCACAUUCAUUUGAUGGAAAAGACAUCUGAGAAGUCUGCUGACAUCAAUAUUGACUGCUGCACUUGAUUAGGUCGUACGUGGCGAAAUUCAAUAAAAUCCUACUAUCGAGCUAACCUGAUUGUAAUGUUGCGAAGAA